CCUGGCCGGCUGGGUGAGGCUGGCUGAGAAGGUGCUCAGGCGUGCAGGGUGGCUGGGUGGCCUGGGCUUGGAAUGGACAGCCCCCAGGACACGGUCCCCCCAGGCCGAAGGAGCCGCUGCCCUGCCCUCCGCAGGCUGGUCCCUGUUGGCUUUGGAGCUGAGGCACGGAUGAUCUUCAUCCUUUCUGGACCCCUGUUCCUCUUCCAGAUGCUGAACUUUAUGGUCUACGUCGUGAGCACGGUGUUCUGCGGACACCUGGGCACGGUGGAGCUGGCGGCAGUGACCCUCUCGGUGGCCUUUGUCAAUGUCUGUGGAGUUUCCAUCGGGUUUGGCUUGUCUUCGGCCUGUGACACCUUGAUGUCCCAGAGCUUCGGCAGCCCCAACAAGAAGCACGUGGGCGUCAUCCUGCAGCGGGGCGUGCUGGUGCUGCUGCUUUGCUGUCUGCCCUGCUGGGCGCUCUUCCUCAACACCCAGCUCAUCCUCCUGUUAUGCAGGCAGGACCCGGCCGUGUCCAGGCUGGCCCAGGAGUAUGUGCAGGUCUACAUCCCAGGCCUGCCGGCAAAUUUUCUCUACAGCCUGCAGGCCAAGUACUUGCAGAAUCAGGGCAUCGUUUGGCCCCAAGUCUUCAGUGGCGUCGUGGGCAACUGCGUCAACGGCCUGGCCAACUAUGUCCUGGUUUCUGUGCUGGGCCAGGGGGUCAGGGGCUCCGCAUUUGCCAAUACCGUCUCCCAGUUCACGCAGGCUGUCUUCCUCCUGUUCUACAUCGUGCUGAAGAAGCUGCAUCUGGAGACAUGGGCAGGCUGGUCCUGGGAGUGCCUGCAGGACUGGGGCCCCUUCUUCCGCUUGGCCGUCCCCAGCAUGCUGAUGCUGUGCAUCGAGUGGUGGGCCUACGAGAUCGGGAGCUUCCUUGUGGGCCUGCUCAGCGUGCGCGACCUAUCUGCCCAAGCAGUCAUCUACGAGGUGGCCACCGUCAUCUACAUGAUCCCCAUGGGGCUCAGCAUCGCGGUCUGUGUCCGAGUGGGGACAGCCCUGGGAGCCGCAGACACCGUGCAAGCCAAGCGAUCAGCCAUCUCAGGCACCCUCUGCACAGUGGGAACCUCGCUGGUUGUGGGCGUCCUAUUGAGCCUCCUGAGAAACAAGCUGGGCCACAUCUUCACCAAUGAUGAGGAAGUCGUUGGCCUGGUUAACAAGGUCCUGCCGCUGUACAUCUUCUUCCAGCUGUUUGAUGCCCUCUGUUGUCUCUACGCUGGGGUCCUGCGUGGGACCGGCAGGCAGGCCUUCGGGGCUGUGGUGAACGCUGUUAUGUACUACGCCAUCGGCCUCCCGCUGGGUGUCGUGCUGACCUUCCUGGUCGGGAUGGGGGUCAUGGGCCUCUGGCUGGGCAUGCUGGUCUGUGUCAUGCUGGCCACCGCUGCCUUUGUCACGUACACGGCCCGGAUGGACUGGAAGCGGGCUGCAGAGGAGGCGCAGAAACGCGCAGGACUGCCGCCACUGGGGAGUACUGGGAGCAUGGCCCUCGGACCCAGGCCCGGGCCUGAGAAAGCGGUUGUGUCUUCAGCUAGCUGCUAAACUAGAGGACGAGGUCUGAGCACCAACCAUCUGACCUCAGGGUGCAUUGUCACCACCCAGCUCCAGUGUGGGCAGGAGGACUGCAGCCGAGGGUUAGGCAGGUCAGCCUGGCUUGAUAACCAGUGUGGGUGGCCCUUCCCGCCCACCCCUCCACACCCCAUCAGACCGGAGCUCUGCUGCCCCGGCACUGGCCUGAGCCCAGGGCUGUGUGUCCACAACCCACAGCCUGGUUAUCUCCGCAGCCUCACCUCACUCAUCCUGGGCUGUGCCUUGAUUGGGGUGGGCAUGGGGAGCCAGCACAGGCUUUGGGGGCUUCAGUGUUGCCAGGGAGCGGGGGAGGCAGCGUGACUGAGCAUGUCACAUGCUGAGGUCGCUGGUGGAGGUUACACACCUCCAGGCCGUCUGACCCCGUCUGAUCUCAGCCUUGUCCGUGCAUCAGGUCCACAGGGUGCUGUCCCACGUGUUUCCUGCUGUGAGGCAGGGGUGUCAAUCCUUUGGCUCCACAGCCCCCCACC